AUGUACGGUCCAGCAUUCACCACCCAAGCAAUCUUCCUCUACGUGCUUGCGCUGUUCAUCCCUCCGGUGCCAGUGUAUAUCAAAAAAGGCCUGAGCUGGGAUGUAGGACUUAACGUUGUGCUCUGGUUCUGCGGGUGGAUUCCAGGCGUCGCUCAUGCUUGGUACACCAUUGCCCGAAACUACUAG